CCCGGCGCUUUAACAGAGGUGAAACCGCACGUGCGAGUUACAUCACUUCAAACCUCUCUCCGCAAAACCAUCUAAAAAUCUUCAAAAUGUCGUGGUUAUUCGGAGUGAAGAAGGACCAGUACCCCCAGGACUUUACCCAGUUCGCCAACCCCCCACCACCCCCGGGGGGAGACGACAAGGGGAAGGGGUCGUCGGAAGGUUCGGAGGGAGGCGGCGGUGGAGGAGGGGGAGGAUGGAAGUUCGACCCGACGGGACUUGAACGGGCAGCGUCGGCGGCAAGAGAGCUGGACAAAUCUGUCAAUGCAAAAGAGGCUCUCCAGCUGGCUCGCAUGCAGGAGGAGACCAAACAGUUGGAGCAACAGAAAGAGAUCAAAGUGAGUAAGAACUGUCUCAUGGCAGCAGAGACUAAACAACAUCAGGAGGUAAGAACUGUCUCAGCAGAGACCAAACAACAUCAGGAGCGAGCACAGUACCAGGACCAGUUGGCGCGUAGGCGGUACGACGAUCAGCUUAUUCAGCAGAAGAGGAUGCAGGAAGACCAGCUGGCCAGACAGGAGGAGUCGGUCAAGAAACAGGAGGCCAUGAGGAAAGCUACGAUGGAAUACGAGGCACAGCUCCGUCUGCAGAACGACAUGAAGAGAAUAGAAGCGGAGACGACAGCGAAGGCGAAAGCCGACCGUGAGAACCAAGACCUGAACCUGGAGCAGAUCAGACUCAAGGCCUCCGAACACAGAACUACGGUCAUGGAGGGGAUCAAAACUGCAGGUGCAGUAUUGGGGGAUGGUUUCAAGGCUUUUAUUGCAGAUUGGGACAAAGUUUCAGCCACAGUUGCUGGUCUGACGUUACUAGCAGUAGGUGUCUAUACCGCCAGAGGUGCGACCGGAGUCGCAGCACGCUACAUCGAGGCCAGAUUAGGUAAACCGGCACUCGUCAGGGAGACUUCCAGAAUAAGUGUCUUCGAGGGAAUUAGACACCCCGUUAAGACAGUCAAGAGACUGAUGACCAAGCCAGAAGAUGCACUGGAGGGAAUACUCUUCAAUCCUUCCUUGGAAUCCCGUGUCCGAGACAUUGCCAUAGCAACUAGGAACACCAAGGCGAACCGAGGCGUGUACAGAAAUAUCCUGUUCCACGGACCCCCGGGUACUGGCAAGACCAUGUUUGCAAAGAGUUUAGCAUUGCAUUCUGGGAUGGACUAUGCCAUUAUGACUGGAGGGGACGUAGCCCCCAUGGGGAGGGAGGGGGUUACAGCCAUGCACAAAGUGUUCGACUGGGCAGGCACCAGCAGAAGAGGGCUUCUGCUUUUUGUGGAUGAAUCUGAUGCAUUCCUCAGGAAAAGAGCUACAGAAAAGAUUAGUGAAGACCUCCGUAGCACACUUAAUGCAUUCCUGUACCGAACUGGUGAACAGUCAAGAAAGUUCAUGCUAGUGCUGGCCAGUAACCAGCCCGAGCAGCUGGACUGGGCCAUCAACGACCGUCUGGACGAGAUCGUGCUGUUUGACCUGCCAGGUCUGGAGGAGCGCGAGCGGCUCGUCAGGCUGUACUUCGACAAGUACGUCCUGGAGCCCGCCGCGGGGGGCAGGGGAAGGAGAAUAAAGGUAGCCGACUUUGACUACGGUGCCAAGUGUUCUGAGAUUGCCAGAACUGUGGAGGGUCUGUCUGGAAGGGAGAUAGCCAAGCUGGGAGUGGCCUGGCAGGCUACAGCCUAUGCCUCUGAAGACGGGGUCCUGGGAGAAGACUUGAUUGACGCCCGUGUCCAAGACGCUGUGGUCGCCCACAGACAGAAGAUGGAAUGGCUGCACACACAGACACCCGAGUCUCCAGGCAGCCCCCCUCCCGCAAAGUCUCCAGGCAGCCCCCCUCCCGCAAAGCCUACACCCAGUCCCACAGGAGGGAGCAAGCAGUGAUGUCUCUGUCUCUCUUAGAUCUCUUUCUC